UUUCUUUAUUUUUUGCUACAGGAAAAACAAAUUGUGACUAAACAAGAAACACUGGAACGUAAACAGACUACUUUAGUGUGCAUAAUAUAUCUGGCGUGCAGUCUGUGGUUGAUGAGCGUGUUAAAGCUCGGAGAAUGUAAUUUUUACAAGGGGCAAAAUAAAUAUGAAGCGUGCAUGGACAAAUGUAACCAAUAGGCGGUACUGUGCCAUUCUUCCUGACGCUUUCUCCCAUCUCCAGCCCUGAGGACAGCACAGUAUCUCUGCUUUGGUUUGCUCCCUAAUUGACCUAAAUCCUGCAUCCCUGCGGUCCCUUCAGGCAGACUAUCACACAGUCUACAAGAGAGGCUCAGAAACAACACAGUGUCGAGCUUUUUCCGCUCCUGGAGUAAUUCCUGUUGGCUUUCUGCCGUCAGCUCAACCCAAAAGACGAAUUUUCUGUUCGGGUCUACUCCAGCAGGCCGUCCUCUUGGAGUGCGUCAGGAUGCUUCACGCGGAGCAGGAGACGCAAGAUGCUUCCCAGGAAUGAUUUUAUAAUAUCCACAUCUGGGGAAUAUUUUUGAAAGAGUGCAAGAACAGCAAGCGGGAAAGAUAUUUAAAAAAAAAAAAGAAAAAAGCUGUAAAGAUGCUGGACGAUAAAGCACCGAUAUCGAAACUCGGUGCUUCCUCGAAAGCUUCGUCUUUUUACAUUGAGAAUUUGCUGGGGACUGCAGGUGGAGGUUGUUCAGCUGAGGAUCGGGUGGAGACUCCCGGCUUCAAAGUUGCCACUCUCAACCCGGUGAUAAGUCCGGGGCUGGAAGCAAGACGACUGAGUGUAAAUGGGGAGCUGGAGUGGAGCGGAACAUUUCCAAACACAGUGCACGGCAGUUCCACGAAUACUCCACACAAAACCCGCAACUCCCAAGAACGCGAAGACCCUGCGUCAAGCAGCGAAAGGGAUUCCCCAGCUUUGACGGGACUGUCGGAGGAGAACGAGGAUCCGGAAGAAAAGGGGGAUGACAGUUUGACUGAUGACAAAGGUGAUGUUAAAGUUGUACGGAAGAAGAAGACGCGUACCGUGUUCAGCCGAAGUCAGGUGUUCCAGCUGGAGUCCACCUUUGAUCUGAAGCGCUACCUGAGCAGCUCCGAGCGAGCCAGGCUGGCUGCCUCGCUGCAGCUCACAGAGACCCAGGUGAAGAUCUGGUUUCAAAACCGCAGGAACAAAUGGAAGCGGCAGAUCACAUCUGACAUGGAAGCUGGCGCAGCCCUCGUUCCCUUCCCCACCCACAGGGUUGUCAGGGUUCCUGUGCUGUAUCAUGAGAAUAGUGCUACUCCUGCAACGUUGACCAGCCUGCCUCACGUGUCACCACCAGUACUUGGUGUCUCAGAUGCUGUUAACUACCCAGUGACUGGUCACUUCACCCAUCCACUGGCAUUCAUAACACCUCAGAUGACUGGAAUAGUGUGACGCGUGGAGGUGAAGAGACCCACAUGACUCAAAUCAAUUAAAGAUGCUACAAAAUGUUCAUUUUAGUGUUGAGACUUUUUCCAGAGCGUUAGGCAUAAGUGAUCUUGUGUUUAACUGCUUCUUUUGGAUGUUUUUUCUUUGAUAGUUCUGCAGAUUAAGAUUAUGAUGAAUGACUCAUCUAGCUGGCCAUGGCAACUUAAUCCUUUGAACAAUACAAUUUCUCAUCAUGAGUUUUCUUUCCCAACACAUAAAUGCAAGUCUUUUAAACUCUCAGCGAUAAUUGUGGUGUGUGUUAUUUUUUUUAAAACAACAAACAUCCUGCAAUCCUGUCCUCAGGGCUUCAUAGAGAGCAUAUUAUACAGACUCAAAGAGUUUCCAAUAAAGGUCUGUUUUGUGAUGAAUUCUUUUCACAGAAAAUGUUUGGACCACUCACAUAUGUGGGAUUAAAUUGGGGUCAGUGGUCGUGAAUUGAUAUUUGAAAAAAAAAUUAUGCAGAUGAGUUCUUGUAGCCCUGCAAAAGAUUGUAAAUGUUUGCAAGAAAAGAAGCUGUAAGACAAAAUAAUGUACGUUUCAAUGCAACAGAAGACAGCAUUUACAAAUUCAGGACCAAACGUUUAAUUUUAUACUUACUGUAAAUUUACUGUGCUUUACCUGCUUUCAAACUGCACUGUAAGUCUUUUUCCUUACCAAUGCACAAGUUUGGAGGUAUUUUCUUAACUUUUCACCAGAAGUCAGAAGUCAUUUUUGCCUGUUCACAUAACUUGAAUUAUUAUGCGUGGUGUAACUGAACUCAUCUACAAAAUGUAGAACCUGUUCACUUACAAAAAAGACAUUUUGGUUUUGUGACAUGUCAUUUUGAUUGCUGUUAGCAGGGAUAAAUUAUUAGCAAUACAGACUGACACAUUUUAUUUAAGA